CUACUUUUAUUGUAAACUAUCAUGGGUCCCAUUAUAAUUCCUUCUGAAUACGGCUACGUUCUUGCUACUGCUGUUAUAAGUGGUAUCUUUGUUGUCACCCUUGGUGCCAGUACUGGAUAUGCCCGCAAGGCUGCUAAUAUUCCAUAUCCCUAUGUUUAUGCCGAGAGAGCUGAAGCCGAGCAAGAUCCCAAGAAGCAUAUAUUUAACUGUACCCAGCGUGCCCACCAGAAUACACUUGAAGCCCUCCCCCUGUACAACCUCUUAUUGCUUAUUAGUGGUAUUGAAUACCCUAAAGUUGCUUCCGCUGCUGGUUUGGUCUGGGUGGCUGGCAGAGCAUUAUAUGCCAGUGGCUACAAGUCUGGUGACCCCGAAAAGCGCCACAAAGGCGAUUUUAGUUAUAUUGGCUUGUUUACUCUUUUGGGUACUUCUAUAUAUACCAUCUACCAGCUACUGAAGUAGAGAGCGUAUUAUAGCUUACAUACUUUUCUUUAUUCUUCUUUUUUUUACUGAACUACAUGAACUAUAUUGUUUCAAUAGACAUAUGCUAAUUUAUAAUUGCGUAAGAAUUUAUUUGCGCUCUAUAAUAAAAAGCAAAAAAAAA